CACGAAAUCAUUCAGUGUUUGCAGCGCAACCAUAGAGAUAGGUUGAGUGUUGUAGGAGCAGCUGAUAGUGCUGUGAAUUUACGUAGUUGUCAAUUGUUCCAAUUGUCAGAAAGGAAACUUUUGAUUGUUUUGAAACCGGAGAACUGUUUGGGGAGUUUGAGACGGUUUGUUUAACUUUUUUACCUGAAAAGAACUGUGGAAAUAAGGGCUGGUUUACUGGCUGAAAACUUGAAAAAAUUGUACUGGUUUCGUUGUUGAACGCUCUGUCUAAGUUGCAGUGGAAAAUCCCGUAAACAAAAUCGUUGCAUACAAGUGUCAGUUGGAAAUACACAUCAGCUGUACGGAAUCCGCUGUUCCUCCGCGCAGCCGUAACCCCACUCUGACCGCGUAGAGGGGAUAACAGCUGAGAGGUGAUACAAAUCCAAAACACCAACUUGGACUUGUCAGUUUCUUCACUGCUGUUGUAGAGUUAAUGUCAAAUAUGCUAAGACUAGUCGAGUGCCACAGCACUUGAGAACUUAGUCAGAUUUUGGAACAGGACAGAGUGACUGAAGUGCGGUGUUGUGAGCUUUUCCGAUAAUUUGGAUAUGGUGCCUCAGAAUAUGGAUGCAUCCAGAUCCGAUGGCCUGCUUUUCGGGUCGCAGCUUGUCGACAAAAAUUCAUCGACCCCCUACUCUGACGCUACUCAGACGAAAAAGAACAACCCCAACCACAUCAAGAGACCCAUGAACGCCUUCAUGGUUUGGUCCCAGAUCGAGCGCAGAAAAAUCUGCGAAGUCUCGCCAGAUAUGCACAAUGCGGAGAUUUCGAAAAAACUAGGCAAGCGAUGGAAAUUACUGAACGAUGAGCAACGCCAACCCUUCAUCGAGGAGGCAGAAAGGCUCCGACAGUUGCAUCAGAAAGAGUACCCAGACUACAAAUACCGCCCUAGAAAGAAGAGCACCAAACCUUCCCCCAAGACAAGCCCCAAUAAGAAGGCAAAGAAGACGCUCAAAUUGCAAAAGAAUGACACGAAUAACAAUGCCACGGUGAAAGAAAAGAUAUUCGCCAGGAGGAGUUCUGUGCCAGAGACAGUCGCCUCGAAGUUGAAGUUCAGGCUGACGAGCACGAAUAACAUAGAACAGAGGGGUAUGUCGGGAGUUGUGGAAAGCCAGGACAUGCUGAGGCAGAGUAUGCCCACGCAACUGCCCCAGGUGAGCUUUUUCGCCAAAGUCCCAUCGAGCCCGUCCUGCGAGACUCCAGACUCACCAGAAAGCGCGACCAUCUACGAUGACUGGGUUAACAACUUCAGCGGGUCUAUAGUGAAGGACGAGCCAGAGGACAGGCUCUCGCAUACGCAACUCCCUACCACCAUCGAGGACCUGGACAGGAUCGACGACCUGCUGCACUUGGACGGCAUCGAUCUGGAUGACUUCAGCUUCGAAACCGCCUCCAACAGUUCCGGCUCGCAUCUGGACUUUGCCUGUCCUCGUGACAUCCCUAUGUUCUCAAAUAUAGACAGUCCCUGGGACGACAUGCAAAACGGUGACUUUAUGAUACCUUGAAAGAGACGCUAAGACUGUUCUUUGAGAUUUCUCUGAAUGGAGGCACAAUCAUUGUUGAAUCUUGGGGUACGUUACAGCCUCAGUUUAUGAUGAUGGCUACAUCGACAGUUUUUAUAUUGUUAUAAAUAUUCUUAACCCCGAUUAUGAUCUCAUUUUGCGUUUAUUAUUUCGUAUUUAUCGUUGUACGACGUAUUACCGGAAUCUACCAGUUUUUAAACGAGCAGUCAUUUUAGAUUAGGUGUUAGGCAGCGGAUAAUCUUUUGGAAUAGGUCUAAGUAGGGUGCCUACUCGCUGAUCCAGUUGGGCCGUAAUGAUAAAGAAGGACGAAGGCUCGUUUGCCAAGCCGAAAGGCAGUAGUGCGUUCCCAUACCCACGUAGUUAUUGUAACCACAACAGCAAUAAGCGCUAUGUACAAAGUAUACCUAAAAUACCCAUAUAUUCAUAUACGAGUAAGAAAUAUUGUUUGAACUUUGCUGACACUAAUGGGUCCAAUAACCAACCAAGAUCUGCAAGUAGGUGCUCUGUUUAGCCACUUUUUGGCGUGUUCCGAAUUGAUUGGACUUUAAUAGUGCCUAGCUCAGUACUUUUGUCACCGGCAUGCCGGGAUUAGUUUUCUACAUUUUGAAUACUGUUGACCUCAUAACAUGGCAACAGAACACAAAAACAGGCUGUGAUUCAUCUGUUUGAUGACCAAUAUUUUAGUUGUCAAAAGUCCGUGUAGUCUUUUAUGGUUCUGCCGCUGCUUUUUCAUUAUCAGUGUUAUCGUUCUAUUCCGUCAAAAUAAAGGGGGCCAGUAACUGGACCUCUUCAUCUUGGCGAUUACUGUACGCUGUAUGUGAUGUGUUGGUGCAUUCAACUGAUUAUUAUUAUUCGCCUGUGUAAAUUUUGGAAAAUUGUUUCACCUGGAACUAGGAGGAGAAGUUCACGCAGUUUCCUACAGCCUGAGCCAAUCAGAAUUAACCAACUUUACAGUUUCAACACAUUAGCUCCUCCGUAUUUCAAUCAUAUAUUUGUCUGUCCAGAAUUGUACUUAAAUUCGAAAGUCAAAGCACUGUGGGUGGUAGUAGAUAUAAAUCGACGCGAAUCGAUUUAGAGUCGAUACAAGUCGGUUUGAUAAGUAGUAGGCUAGGAUUGUUUGUGCAGCUGUCAUCUGGGUUCAUACACGCGCUUUUUGCAGAACGACGACUUUUCACAGGCAAACUGUAAACGAUAUAGACUAGACUUUCUGUAGCUCUGUGUAGCUACAGUCUUCACCACUCCCAAACUCAUGUCCUGACCUAAAACUGCACAGUCCUACGCAACGUGAAUUCCAAAUAUUUUCCAAUUAUUUGUACCAGUUGAUCUGAAAUUUUGGUAAAUAUUUGGGCUUCAUGCCGAGGGUUUUUCAUAGUUUUCAGAACGCUUCUCAUUCUUCGGUUCAGCUCCUUUGUUGUCGAGUCAACGCACAAACAAUAGUGUAAACAGUUCUAAAAAAGUUCAAUAUUCUAGAGUAGCGAGCAACAUCGAUAUUCUUGUAAUGAAAAUUAUGAUAUUGGAGGGCGAUACAGUGGUCCUUCUCGUGCUUUCAGUGUACUAGAAUAACUAUUACUAUUAGAUGGGACUGUCCGUAUAUUAUAUAUAAGAGUUUUGAAAUUUUGAAAUUUUAAGAGGCCUGCCUGUAAAGUAUGAAUAAAAGUAGAGUUAGUAAGCUGGUCAGAAUGACAAAUGCCCCCAUAUGAACCGGCACAUUUCUGGUGCUGAUCAGCUUAUUUCGGUGUAUUUUUGUACCCAAUGAUUGUUUAUAUGCGGGACGGUUGUAGUCUCUUUCAAGACGUACUGUUGACUGAUUUAGAUGUAGGUUUUUCUAGAGUACUGUGCUUACUGUCUCUUUUUUUCGCGAUCGAUCUUUGGUUUUGACGUCGUUUUGAAAACUAGGACCUUUCAACUGAUCUCGCAUCUGUACAUAAUCUGUAAAAAUUGCUCAUGUAAAAAUUGUUUUUGUUGAAAGUACUGUUUAUCGCGAUGGCUUUGGAAAGUCGCAGAAAAUGACUUUUCGGCGGAGUCCAACCUUGUCGAAUUUACUGUCAACUGAUCCUCAGACCAGUUGACUUUUUUCUUGCCCUCGAUCUAGUCAUUUUCUGGAGAUUUUCCACCGCUCUCGCAUAUUAUGCAAUCAUUUGCAAUAAAUAUGUUUAGAUCUCUGAAAGAUUUUUGGUUCUUGAAUUCGACUUGGACAUUUUCGUGGAAUGCUUCGAUUCAAGACCAAGUGAUUCACGGCCAUUGGCGUACCCAAGAAUUUUUCUCGAGGAUUACGCCUCUGGUGAUAGUCAAGCUGACGAUUGUAAAAAAAAUGUUGAUUUGUCGCAUUGUUGUCUUUUUUAUUCUGGCGGACGAAUUAAGAGAUUAAAGUUAGCAAUAUUUUUGCAUAUUUACUACCUUGGUGUAUCAUAUUUCCCCGCAUUUUUGAAUCCCUCAUGUAUUAUAUUCAUAUUACUAUAUUGAAGUUAUUAUAUAGUGUGUAAAUUUUGUAUUGUACUUGCUGUUGAAUAUAUUAUUAUAUGGCAUA